AUGGAGGCCAUCUGGCUAUACCAGUUCCGGCUCAUUGUUAUCGGGGAUUCCACGGUGGGCAAGUCCUGCCUGAUCCGCCGCUUCACCGAGGGCCGCUUUGCCCAGGUUUCGGACCCCACCGUGGGGGUGGAUUUUUUCUCCCGCUUGGUGGAGAUCGAGCCGGGAAAACGCAUCAAGCUCCAGAUCUGGGAUACCGCGGGUCAAGAGAGGUUCAGAUCCAUCACUCGCGCCUACUACAGGAAUUCAGUAGGCGGUCUUCUCUUAUUUGACAUUACCAACCGCAGGUCCUUCCAGAAUGUCCAUGAGUGGCUAGAAGAGACCAAAGCACACGUUCAGCCCUACCAAAUUGUAUUUGUUCUGGUGGGUCACAAGUGUGACCUGGACACACAGAGGCAAGUGACUCGCCAUGAGGCCGAGAAACUGGCUGCUGCAUAUGGCAUGAAGUACAUUGAAACGUCAGCCCGAGAUGCCAUUAAUGUGGAGAAAGCCUUCACAGACCUGACGAGAGACAUUUAUGAGCUGGUUAAAAGGGGCGAGAUUACAAUUCAGGAGGGCUGGGAAGGGGUGAAGAGUGGAUUCGUGCCAAAUGUGGUUCACUCUUCAGAAGAGGUUGUCAAAUCAGAGAGGAGAUGUUUGUGCUAG